AUGUCGGCGCUGGAUGCACUGGUCUAUUUUAAUCACAACUGGAAAUCGAUCACUUUUGCGAACGGUUCAACGUAUGGAGAUUUAAUUGAUAUACUUGGUAGAACAUUAAAAAUCGAUUUCACAAAAUUAUGUAUUCAACUUUGGGAUGACACCUAUAAAGUGUAUCUCGAUUUAGACGAAGAAUAUUUUGACGAAGUGAAAGAUCUAAUACAUAAAUCAUUAUCGGAGAAAGCAUUUUCAAUAUCGUUUCGAUUUAUUAGAAGAGCAUUUCCCUGUCCGUUACCCAAAACUCCACGCGCGAUCACACGACAACCAAGUGCCGACAAAAGCGCAGAUUGUCAAUUCGAUGAACCAGAUACAGACGGUGAUCUUUAUGACCCAUCCAAAAUAUAUGAUCUCAAACCCGAGUCUUAUUUGAGCCAUUUAAUUGGUCACGAAGGAGAAGGUAGUUUAUUAACGUUGUUAAAAAGACGUGGCUUGGCAUCAGAAUUAGUCGUUGGUGAAAAGAAUAAUGCAAGUGGUACAGGUCUUUCACAAUAG